GUUAAUCCAACUCUGAAGUGAUUUUUACUUUCAGUUCUUUUGCAGGCAUUGGAGUUCCAAGUGCAGUAUGCCUUGUGGGAUGUGCCUUGAUUAACCAAGGAUAUGUAUGCACUACCAGAAAAAUCAGAGAAAUAUACACUACAGAUUGGUAACAGUGAGUAGAAAAUAUUAGAACUACUUUUGUUCUACUAUGUUUGCCUUUGGGGAGUUGGGGAAAUGCACAAGGAAGGAGACAGCAAGCUGCCCAUCUCUCAGAAGAGAACAAGACUCACAGCACAGGAACUGGCUUCACCCUAAUGUACAGUGUAGAAGUCAACAAAACUGUAAUCAAAAUACAAUCAUUUUUGUAGAGACUGAAGAGAAAGGACACAAAAGUGGAUAACACAGUGAAGGACACAAUAAAGCAGGGUACAAAGUGACUCUAAUGCACUUUGAGUGUGGGCUCUGAAGUACAAUUUUCAGAUUUAGCAAUGGAUAUUCUUUGUGACGAGGAGAACCCAACUGCAAACUCCUUAAUCCAAUUAAAUCAUGAGAGAAGACUCUACAAAAAUGUUUUUGUGCCUGGAGAGGUUAACGCAUCUCAUCUGUUUAACUUGACUGUGGACUCCGAAAACCUAACUAAUCUUUCAUGUGAAGGUAGCCUGGCUCCGCCGUGUUAUUCAUCACUAUUUCAUCUUCCAGAGAAAAACUGGCCAGCUCUGCUGACAGUUAUAGUGAUUGUUCUAACCAUUGCUGGAAAUAUUCUUGUAAUCAUGGCUGUGUCACUGGAGAAAAAGCUACAGAAUGCCACUAAUUAUUUUCUAAUGUCACUUGCAAUAGCUGAUAUGCUAUUGGGUUUCCUUGUCAUGCCUGUGUCAAUGUUAACCAUACUGUAUGGAUAUACAUGGCCUCUGCCUACAAAACUCUGUGCUGUCUGGAUCUAUUUGGAUGUGCUUUUCUCCACUGCUUCCAUCAUGCACCUCUGUGCCAUCUCUCUGGAUCGCUAUAUUGCCAUACGAAAUCCCAUCCAUCACAGCCGCUUUAACUCCAGAACUAAGGCUUUCACAAAAAUAAUUGCUGUUUGGACAAUAUCUGUUGGUAUCUCAAUGCCAGUACCUGUGUUUGGACUACAAGAUGAUUCCAAAGUGUUCAAGAAAGGUAGCUGCCUGCUGGCUGAUGAGAGCUUUGUCUUAAUAGGCUCUUUUGUGGCGUUCUUCAUUCCUUUAACCAUCAUGGUGGUCACCUAUUUUUUAACUAUAAAAUCACUUCAGAAAGAAGCUACCUUAUGCAUUAAUGACCUUGGCACAAAGACCAAGUUUGCUUCAUUUAGUUUUCUCCCUCAAAGUUCUCUGUCAUCAGAGAAACUCUUUCAACGCUCUUUGAACAGAGAGCUGGGGAAUUCAGGAAGGAGGACUAUGCAGUCAAUCAGUAAUGAACAAAAAGCUUCCAAGGUACUUGGUAUCGUCUUCUUUCUGUUUGUUGUGAUGUGGUGCCCGUUUUUCAUCACCAAUGUGAUGGCAGUCAUUUGCAAGAAAUCUUGCAAUGAAAAAGUCAUUGGAGGACUGCUUAAUGUAUUUGUCUGGAUUGGCUACCUUUCUUCGGCUGUCAACCCAUUAGUAUACACACUGUUCAAUAAAACCUACCGUUCUGCUUUCUCACGUUAUAUUCAGUGUCGAUACAAGGAGGAGAAGAAGCCUUUACAGCUGAUUUUAGUGAACACCAUACCUGCUUUAGCGUAUAACUCCAGCCAACUCCAGCUAGCACAAAUGAAGAGUUUAAAAAAAGAGGCUAAAAUGAUGGCCAAGGAUUAUUCUAUGGUUACGAUCGGAAUACAUCCUUUAGAUAGUACAUCAAAGGGCAGUAUUAGCCCAGACAGUGAAAAGGUUAGCUGUGUGUGACUCUGCUAGCCUGUCAACAGCUGCCAUGGCAACCAAUGGUAUGUACUCAGAAAACUUCACCUAACUCUGAGAAGCUUUGAUAGCGUAGCAAAAUUAGCCCUGUCUAAGAGAACUUCAGUAGCAUCACAUACUCAUGUUAUCCAGUUGAUGACAAACAGGGUUAAAAUGCUAUCAAAUGUGCAUUUUUUUCAUACAGUAUUUCAGCUGUUUUAAGCAAAGGCUUUAUUAAACUUAUUUUUUUAGUAACCUAAAUAAUAUAUUUCUUAAAGAAAAAAUGCAAUUUAUUGUAUUAUUAUACCAUGGGCUGUGACGAAAUUAAAGUGUUUCUUUUCCUUCUGCAAAUGAAAACAAAGCUAUUGUUUGGUUUACUUGCUGGUUACGUUUGAAUUAAUUUGUCUUGCUACAAUGUAAUUUUAUUAUCAUUAACUGAAUGAGCACUUUACAGGAUUUUACAGGAAAAGAAAACAUCAGUUAAUUUAUGGAUAUAUAUUUAAAAUAAAAUAAAUAUUAAAGAAAAUGCUCUGAAAACCUGUAUAGAUCAACUAUGUGAAAAAAUUGGUGUUUUUAUGGAUAUUUUUCCUUUCCAAUUACAAUUCUGAAAUGUUGUUGGCCUUUCUGCCAUUUGUUCUGUACUUCAAGUUAGUUCUCUUCAAAAGUAAAAGUAAAUUAAAUUUGAAUGUUCCUUUGUCACUACAAACAUUAUUGAGCUCUACUUUCUAUUUCAUUUUAUCCCCUAUUCUAAAUGUUUCACAUACACUGGUUUAGACUUUAAAGUAUACUGUUACAAAAAGCCUCUAUUGAGCUUGGUUCUCUACUACGUUAUACUGAUUUUACAACAGUGUAAGUGAGGUAACAGGGU